AUGCCCGCUGUGGACAAGCUCCUGCUGGAGGAGGCGUUGCAGGACAGCCCCCAGACUCGCUCUUUACUGAGUGUGUUUGAAGAAGAUGCUGGCACGCUCACGGAUUACACCAACCAGCUGCUCCAGGCCAUGCAGCGUGUCUAUGGAGCCCAGAAUGAGAUGUGCCUGGCCACUCAACAGCUUUCUAAGCAGCUGCUGGCAUAUGAAAAACAGAAUUUUGCUCUUGGCAAAGGCGACGAAGAAGUAAUUUCUACACUCCACUAUUUUUCCAAAGUGGUAGAUGAGCUUAAUGUUCUCCAUACAGAGCUGGCUAAACAGUUGGCAGACACAAUGGUUCUACCUAUUAUACAAUUUCGAGAAAAGGACCUCACAGAGGUUAGCACUUUAAAGGAUCUUUUUGGACUCGCCAGUAAUGAGCAUGACCUCUCGAUGGCAAAAUAUAGCAGGCUUCCCAAAAAAAAGGAGAACGAGAAGGUGAAGACGGAUGUCGUGAAAGAGGUGGCGGCCGCGCGGCGGAAGCAGCACCUCUCUUCCCUUCAGUACUACUGCGCCCUCAACGCGCUGCAGUACAGGAAGCGCGUGGCCAUGAUGGAGCCCAUGAUAGGCUUUGCCCACGGACAGAUUAAUUUUUUUAAGAAGGGAGCAGAGAUGUUUUCCCAAAACAUGAACAGCUUUUUAUCCUCAGUUGCGGACAUGGUCCAAAGCAUUCAGGUGGAGCUAGAAGCCGAGGCGGAGAAGAUGCGGGUGUCCCAGCAGGACCUGCUGUCUGUUGAUGAGUCUGUUUACACCCCGGACUCCGACGUGGCCGCGCCACAGAUCAACAGGAACCUCAUCCAGAAGGCUGGCUACCUUAAUCUGAGAAGUAAAACAGGGCUGGUCACCACCACCUGGGAGAGGCUUUACUUCUUCACGCAAGGCGGGAACCUCAUGUGUCAGCCCCGGGGCGCCGUGGCCGGGGGCCUGAUCCAGGACCUGGACAACUGCUCGGUGAUGGCGGUGGAUUGUGAAGACCGUCGAUACUGCUUCCAGAUCACCACGCCCAACGGAAAAUCGGGAAUAAUCCUCCAGGCAGAAAGCAGAAAGGAAAAUGAAGAGUGGAUAUGUGCCAUAAACAACAUCUCCAGACAGAUCUACCUGACUGACAACCCAGAGGCGGUCGCCAUCAAGUUGAACCAGACGGCUCUCCAGGCAGUGACUCCCAUUACAAGUUUCGGAAGAAAGCAAGAAAGCUCGUGCCCCAGCCAGAACCUGAGAAAUUUAGAGCUGGAGAAUGACAAGAUUGUUCCCAAAGCAGCAGUCCAUGUCCCUGACGCCGAUGAGCUCAUCGCACCUGGAACACCUAUCCAAUUCGAUAUCGUCCUUCCUGCCACAGAAUUCCUGGACCAGAACAGAGGGAGCAGACGCAUCAACCCUUUUGGUGAGACUGAGGACGAGACGUUUCCAGAAGCAGAAGAUUCCCUCCUGCAACAGAUGUUCGUAGUGCGGUUUCUGGGGUCGAUGGCAGUUAAAACAGACACCACCACCGAAGUGAUUUACGAAGCCAUGAGACAAGUGCUGGCCGCUCGGGCUAUUCACAACAUCUUCCGCACGACGGAAUCCCACCUGAUGGUCACCAGUCAGACUCUGAGGUUGAUAGAUCCUCAGACUCAAGUGACAAGGGCCAACUUUGAACUCACCAGCGUCACGCAGUUCGCUGCUCAUCAAGAGAACAAGAGACUGGUUGGCUUCGUGGUCCGCACACCUGAAUCCACAGGAGGAGAGGCUCUGAGCACAUAUGUUUUUGAAAGCAACUCAGAAGGCGAAAAGAUAUGUUAUGCUAUUAAUUUGGGAAAAGAAAUCAUUGAGGUUCAGAAGGACCCAGAAGCACUGGCUCAGUUAAUGCUGUCCAUACCACUAACCAAUGAUGGAAAGUAUGUACUGUUAAACGAGCAAGCAGAUGACAGUGAUGGAAGUCCAAGUGAAAACAGAGGCGCAGAAUCUGAAGCAUAACUCCCUUGGGCCUUUGGGGGAAGAGCACCCAGGGAGGAGAGCUACCUCCUUAAGGGUUUUCAACUUCUCUGACACACAGGCCCAUGACCUGGUUUCAGAAUGCUGACAAUCGCCUGUGGAAUGUCCUCUGGAUGCCUUGAUACUGAGAGAUGGGAGGGAAACAGUAAGAAAUGGUUGACAACAUUCCUACCCAUCUACAAAUGUUAUGUUAGGUGCUUUGUGGUAAGUCUUUUUCUUAGAUUGUAUUGUUCAGCGCUCAGAAUGAAAGUUAAUGAAAAAAUGCAUUGUUCACUUUAUUCAAAUGUCAUCUCUUCAGUUUCCAGUACCCUUUUUAAAAAAAGGUAAAAGCCUAGAUUUAUAAUUUGAUAAACACUAAAUAUUUCCUAUUAAUAUAAUCUAUUUUUGUAUUUUACUUAAUGAGCUUUAAGUGCCUGUCACUCGGAAAAUUGUGUAUUUAUAAUCAAGCUUGUCUCACAGUCGGACCUAAUAGCAUUAAUUUGUGCAGUUAGGUGACAAGCCCUGCUUUGAGGCCUGAGCACUAGCACAAAUGCAGGUCUAGUUUUGAUAAUUUUUUCAGAUAUGCAAUAAAAAGACUAGCAGACAAGUACCACAGAAGAUGUUCAAUUUUACAUUGGAACCUUAAUGAACCAGCAUUCAGAAGUUUACGGUCCUUUAGAUACUUUUAGUGGUGGAUCGCCAUGGAUAGAGUGAAGCUCUACCAGUUCCUGAUUCUUCUGAGCCAGACCCUCCUCAAGGAAGGGACCAAUUAAUUUUCAAACUCACUUGAAGCAUGGCUGGUUGUGGGGCUUGGUACAAAGUUCCUAUUUCCACCCCUACCUAUGAAAUAAGUAUAAUGAUCUUGAAUUGUCACAGUGUCUUUAAUUAUAACCAAGUUCAACAACAUUGUUGUCUUUGUAAUAAAUUAACCUAGCAAUAAAUGCUAGCAAAUAAAAACUAUCAUUGUUUCUUUC